CCGCGGGCCGGGGGUAGAGCUAGCUUCGCGGCCCGCGCGCGCGCUUCUCUCCGGCGCGGGCACCGGCGCGGGCCAUGGCCUCGUCCUCUCUGUUAUCCGCGCUGGCUGCGCGGCUGCUGCGUCCCGCGCGCGGCUGCCACACGCGCCUGCAGCCCUUCCACCUGGCGGCAGCGCGAAAUGAAGCUGUGGUCAUUUCUGGAAGGAAGCUGGCUCAGCAGAUCAAGCAAGAAGUACGGCAGGAGGUGGAAGAGUGGGUGGCCUCAGGCAACAAGCGGCCACACCUCAGUGUCAUUCUGGUUGGUGACAACCCUGCCAGUCACUCCUACGUCCUCAACAAAACCAGGGCGGCAGCAGAAGUGGGAAUCAACAGCGAGACAAUUGUGAAACCAGCCUCAGUUUCAGAAGAAGAGCUGUUGAGUUCAAUCAGGAAAUUGAACAACGACGAAAACGUAGACGGUCUCCUUGUCCAGCUGCCACUCCCAGAGCACAUCGACGAGAGGAAGGUCUGCAACGCCGUUUCUCCUGACAAGGAUGUCGAUGGCUUUCACGUCAUUAACGUGGGGCGAAUGUGCUUGGACCAGUAUUCCAUGCUACCAGCGACCCCUUGGGGCGUGUGGGAGAUACUGAAGCGAACCGGCAUCCCAACCUUAGGAAAGAACGUGGUUGUAGCCGGCAGGUCAAAAAACGUUGGAAUGCCAAUUGCGAUGUUGCUGCACACGGAUGGUGCCCACGAACGGCCGGGAGGCGAUGCCACGGUUACAAUAUCUCACCGAUACACUCCCAAAGAGCAGCUAAAGCAGCACACAAUCCUUGCAGACAUUGUGAUAUCUGCCGCCGGCAUCCCAAAUCUGAUCACAGCUGACAUGAUCAAGGAAGGGGCAGCGGUCAUCGAUGUGGGCAUAAACAGAGUUCAAGACCCUGUCACUGCAAAGCCCAAGUUGGUUGGAGAUGUAGAUUUUGAAGGGGUCAAGAAGAAAGCCGGUUACAUCACUCCCGUCCCUGGGGGUGUUGGUCCCAUGACAGUGGCCAUGCUAAUGAAGAAUACCAUUAUUGCUGCAAAGAAGGUGCUGAGGCCUGAAGAACUGGAGGCGUUCAAGUCCCAGCAGCGUGGAGCGGCCACCAACUAGCAGUGCUCCGUGCCAGUCCGACAGGCGAAGUGGACCAAGAGGAAUGCAGUGUUUUUAAUUUAUUCUGGUGGAAUGAUGUAGAAUGAUGUUUGUAUUUAUUGAAAGCUUAAACGGGUGGGUGUGUGUGUGCGCGCUCGUGGCUCUGCAGAACCUCACCAGGGUGCCCAUCAGCGUCCUGCCGUUGACCUGGUGACGCACAGGAGGCAUCCUCACACCGAGAUCGGAUGCUGAACUUCAUCGAAAAACCUGCCUUUGUAGGCUCCCGUUUCCCAAGUGCUAUUCCAAUACAAGUUAAUGACUCAUCCGAGGUGCCGAGCCUUCCGAGUUCAACUUUCAGACCAAAGGAGAACGUCCUGGAGAAAACUUGGGAAAGGAAGACGCCGCAGGCACCGGCAGAAAGACCACACCCCCUUACUUUCUGUGCUUGCCACGUCAGAACCAGGAGAGCUCAGCUGGCUGGGUUGGCAGAGGGAAGCCUGGCACCGCCAGCUGUCCCCUGUGGCUGAGUCACCGGGGAAGGUUAGGACUCUCCACUUGCUGCUACCCUCCGUGAGCUUGUCCCGUUUCAGUUUUCUAGGAUCAUUUUGUAAGCGAUGUAUGCCAUUGUCACGUUGGGCUUUUGCCGCACAUUUCAACUUUACAUUCCCAACCGUUAGAGAGUAUACGUCUGCCUUCUUUGCCAUAAGCUUUGAAGCCUAUCUUUUGAAAAACGAAACCUGGGCGUGAUAAUCAUGAGGGCAGAUUGGGUGAAACUUAGCUUCCCACCAAAGAACCGACGGCGGAUGUCUGUGUGUCUUUCCUUUAACCUGUUGGCUUUCCUGAAAGGUACUGAGGAGCUUGAGUUAAUAUAAGAUUUAAUCAGAUUUUCUUAUUGAAGGGUUUUUGUUGCUGUUGUUGGCUUUUUGGUUUUUUUUU